GAUCAAACGGGGUUGUUUUGUCUUUGCACCUGCGGAACGGGAUGGAUUUCUCCAGCUUUUAGAGGAUGUAUCGUUUAAACACAGUCCAAUAAGGGCAGUUAUGGACACUUAAAGUGGAAUGCAUUCCUUUAUUAAGUUGGUUUAGAGUUUCAUUGUGAUAUAUUUUCGGUCGCGGGUGUAAAGUUUUUUUCCUCCAACCCACUGACAGCCUGAGUGGGAGUUGAUGUGAGCGGAGUGAAGUGGAAAUGGUCCACCACCAGCGCGCCUCUCUGUGUCACGCGUGUUUUUUUUCAAUCGUCCAAAAGUCCGACAGUUUUGCACGAUGUGGUUUUAGCUGGUGGACUCGGGUGGAGAGUUUGGACUCUCACUGUUGGAUCUAGCGGACGGAUCAUCACCUUAACUAACAUGAUGUACAACCCGAAGAAAAGCGGAUCUGUGUGACAACUUUUAUUUGAAUCCCCUCUUUAAAAACCACUUCAAAAAGCGCAAUGUUUUUAAUAACUUUUGUCAUGAUUUUGUCCUUCCCGGACUCCGGGUUCACCUUGAAGGGUGACGGCAGCUCGUCCUCCCGGCCCGUGCGCCUGGACUGCGUAAAGGCCAGCGAGCAGUGUCUGAAGGAGUACAGCUGCAGCACCCGGUACCGGACCAUGAGGCAGUGUGUGGCGGGCAGGGAGAGCAACUUCAGCGCGGUGCAAGGUUCCGAGGCGCAGGGCGAGUGCCGCAGCGCCAUAGAAGCCAUGAGGCAGAGCACGCUGAACAACUGCAGGUGUAGAAGAGGCAUGAAGAAGGAGAAGAACUGCCUCCGGAUCUUCUGGAGCAUUUAUCAAAGUUUACAGGGUAAUGAUUUACUGGAGUACUCUCCAUAUGAGUCAGUCAAUAGCCGUCUCUCAGAUAUCUUCCGCCUGGCCCCCAUCAUCGCAGUGGAGCCUGCGUCUACAAAGCAGAACAACUGUCUGAAUGCUGCCAAGGCGUGUAACCUGAAUGACACAUGUAAGAAGUACCGCUCAUCUUACAUCAACCCGUGCACCAGCAGGGUGUCGGUGUCUGAGGUCUGCAACAAGCGCAAAUGCCAAAAGGCCCUACGACAGUUCUUUGACAAGGUCCCAUCUAAAUACAGCUAUGGGAUGCUGUUUUGCGCCUGUCCUUCGGGGCAUCAGACAGCAUGUGCAGAACGCCGACGGCAAACGAUUGUCCCCGUUUGUUCCUAUGCGGACAAAGACAAACCCAACUGUCUGUCUCUGCAGAACUCAUGCAAGACCAACUACAUCUGCAGGUCAAGGCUGGCAGACUUUAUCAGUAACUGUCAGCCAGAAGCUCACUCCAUAUCGGGCUGUCUGAGGGAGAGCUACGCUGACUGUCUGCUGUCUUACUCGGGUCUAAUUGGUACAGUGAUGACACCCAAUUAUGUGCAAUUUCUUGGCAUCACCCUGUCACCCUGGUGCGACUGCAGCAGCAGCGGGAACAGCAAGCCAGACUGUGACAAAUUCUCUGAGUAUUUCACCAACAACAGAUGCCUACGUAAUGCCAUCCAGGCAUUUGGUAAUGGCACUGAUGUUGGAGUUUGGCAACCCCAACCCCCGAUCCAGCCCACUGCGCUGGAGCCUAGCAUCAUCCGGCGGCGGGGGAAGGAUCGAACCGGUAACGGGCUGGAUUUACUGAGCGACAUGAACAAACUGGACCUCGAUGACGACUCAUUAUACAACAUCUGUGGGACCUUACAGGCCCAAAAAUUGGAUUUGAAUCUAACGGUGGAUACUGCUCAAUGUGUGAACCAUCAGCUGGACGAGUCCGCUGACUCUAAGGCCAACGCUCGCAGCGCAGCGGCAGACUUCACCUUCUCAAACCCCUCAAGUGUGCUCCUCGCACUAACCGUCGCUUUAAUACGGCUCAAAGGUUUCCAACUUUUGUAAGAUCUGAGGACUACGGAUCAACACUCAUCAGAUUCAACUCAUUUUGAUUUAGACAUUUGCCUAAGUGUGACACUUGCAUUUUUCUUGAAAUGGAACUAAGAGCGCUACAAACCUAGAAAAACUGAGGAUUAUAUCCGAGGAGUCCACGAUCUGACUCAUUUGCCUUCCAUAGGGGCAAUUCGGGUCCUUCAAGAAUCAGAUUCACACUGAGGAAGACUCACUUUCUUGGAGCUAAACCCUGUGAUCUGAUGAGCACGUGCGUCAUGUCUCUUCUUGGGAACCGUUCCAAAUCAGUGCACAUUUGACUGAAUGGACGGCCAACGUUGCAGAGGAGUGUUUUCGGGAUAAAGUGGAUCAUCGACGUCUGCAUAACUGUGCUUUCAUUCGUCCAGUCAGUAAACUGCUUUAGUUCAACAACAGGAAAACUAGGUGUUGUGCUGAUAUAUAAAUGUCACAAGGGACAACUAACACAUAUCAUAGACACAACGUAUGGAACAUGAUUCACAACACAUGCUAACUAAAUCAACAGCGUAACAUUGUCAGAGUAUUCUCAAAGUUCAAAAACGCAAACAGCUUCUCUUCUACAUGUUCGGUACUACAGUAGGUAUAGAUUUGUUUUGUAGAUUUAUUUGAUUGUUACGGUGGUUUGUGGUUUCAUCACAUCGCCUCUUAAAAAACAUUUUGUACAUACGAUGCAUAAAGUGUACACUCAAUUACAGUGUGCUGCCGUCAGCUUGUUACAUAUCGUCUGUAAUGUUUUUGGAGAGUCUAUGUUAGUAUCUGGAGACUGAGGCCUCUCAGCAUUACCCAGUGUAGCUAUGAUUUAAAAAAUGUGAUGGGGUUCUUUAAUCACGUGGUUACAGAUAUGACUGUUGUGUGAUGUUUUAGAUGCAAAGAGCAUAUCGUUAUCUUAAACAGUACUUUUUCCUCGAGGAAUAGCAAACUAUCUGUAACACCAACAAGAACAUUCAGACUUACAACAGUGAUUUAAAUGGAUAAAACAAAGUAAUGUUAUGCUUCUGUUCUAAUGAAAGUACAUGUUCUGAUAUUGAUCCAUAUUCUUCACACUGCCUCCAUUACAUUUGAUUUUUCAUAACGUCCUGUUGAACAGUAUAAGGAACUACGUUUGUUUUUUUAAUAACAAUGUGUACAUAUCCACUAGAGCAAAUGCCAAAAGAUUAAAGCCAAGAUGAAUACAUAAUUAUUAUUAACAGGGCAACUCUUUUUUAUCAUUCAAAGAAUGUACAACAUAAUGCCAUUUCAAAAAAUACGAGUGUUCAAAUCACAUACAUUAAAGCCUGUAAUGAUACACCUCUUUUUAGAUUUCAAAUGUAUUUGUAAUGUUUUGGUCCAAAAAUACAACUGUGUAUCUGACCUAUAGAUAUUACCAGCGUACACUUGAAGACAUCUCAUAAAGGAGGCCACUUUUAUGUACAAGAAGUCUUCAUCAUGACCAUUUGAAACAUUGGAAAUCUGAAAUAAAAAUGGUGAACAAUGA